GUGAAAGUGCAUAACAAAUAUAGUGCAGAUGAUUUUGACGAUGACCUUCGUAAUGUUUUGCGUCGAUCCGGCUGCAAAGGAGAGAAAAUUACUUUCAUUAUGGAUGAGUCUAAUGUAAUGGACUCGAGUUUCCUGGAACGCAUGAACACUCUUUUGGCCAAUGGCGAAGUCCCUGGUCUAUUUGAGGGCGAUGAGUUCUCUGCACUUAUGACUCAGUGCAAAGAAGGUGCUGCACGUGAUGGUCUGAUGGUUGACAGUCAUGAAGAGCUCUAUAAAUGGUUCACUGUACAGAUAUGCCGAAAUCUCCACGUGGUUUUCACCAUGAACCCCUCUGAAGAUGGAUUGAAAGAUAGAGCCGCCACUUCGCCUGCCCUCUUUAAUCGCUGCGUGCUAAACUGGUUUGGGGAUUGGUCAAAUCAAGCCUAUUUUCAGGACGUUUAA